AUGCCAUCUGAACAAAGUAUCAGAGGUGUUCCUCUCAGUGAUAACUUUGUUCCAAGAAGAGUGGAUGGAAUGGCUGAGAACAAUGAAGACACAUUGUGCAACAUGCUUAAGACAACAGAAUUUGGCUUACAAUUAGACGAGCCCACUUUGCCAGGCAAUGAAUCUUUGCUUCUUGCUUAUGUUCGUUUCGUCAGAGAUGAAAAUUUGGUUCAAGAUCUUCUAUUUGGAGGGUGGCACUGGCUGGGAUGGUCAGCCGACGCCUGGUUCUGGGUAGAUCACCCUCACAUCAUGAGCGUGUGGGGAGUCGUUUAUGACGACGUAACAAGUAAUGCUUUCUACCUCCUCGACACUCCCAUCGCAACCCUCGACCAGAUCCAGACGCGGCUGACGGCGUGCGGAUGUUCAGUGCCGGAGGAGCUGGUGUGGACUGUGGUGUACCAAGUGAGCUCGGCGCUGCUGCAUAUGGUCGAGGCGGGUCUGCCCUACACACCCCUCGCCCUAGACAACAUCUUCUUGCUGAGGGACAGGUUGGCCCUCGAGAACAUGCUCUCCAGGAAGCACAGGAUGACUGGGUGUGGAUGCGAGGCGUGGCGAGGGUCGGCUGGACACCAGAGGGCUACAGCUGCUGGACCCUCGGAGAGAUGCUUUAUACAUCAUGUGGGACAAAUCAUCUUUGCACUCAUUACGUGUCACCUGCGUUCCCAACCUGAGGGCAAUGUACCACCGUGUAGUCCUGUUAAUACUCUGCGCUCUCUCAAGCACCUCUACUCUCCUACACUGCUGCGACUGUUGUCUCGCACCCUGGCAGGAGGUGUGAGUGUGGCGUGGGGAGUGAUGGGUGGUGGGGGAGAGGGACGAGUAGCAGUGAGAGCCUUCCAGUGGGAGACGCAGUGGGAGCAGCUAGAUCCCUGUCCAGAGGCUGAGUGGCCACUCUCUGGAGCUGAAUCACAUUUUACUGACUUUUUUAAUGUACCACUACAUAGUGGAACUGUGAACAAAGCUACUCCAAACAUCACCGUCAAUCGUUACUACUCUGUGGCAGCUAAUACUGCUGCCUCACACACAAGCUCAGCAGACAAAAAUACUUCGUCAGGAAGUCAGGAUACCAAGGACCACUUUGUGAGGAGUGAUACAGGUGUGAUGGCUGGCUUCCUGCACGACAACGCGCCUGUGCAGUUAAUACAGGUAGUGGUAAUGGCUGCAGAGAGGAUCUUGGCCUUGCGUCCCGCCACCAGCACCCUGGCUGAGGCCAUCUACUCAUCACCACACCGCCUUAUACAACACGUCAUGACGGCUCAGAAAAAGCAUCUUAAAACUAAAUAAUAAACAUGGUGGACCAGAAUAUACUACGUGCUUAUCAAUAGUUUUAAUACUUUUUACUUCACAAUUUUAGUGUUCAGUCAUUUUAGCAGGACAAGUGAAAAAUUGCCCUUGUAGUUUUUUCAUGAUCUGCACGAAUCAAUAAAUAUCAGUCCUAGACAUAUUGAA